AUGGCGGAGCCAAAGUGCCCUACAUCUACCGCUCAAUCGUAUGCAUCGAUCACAAAUACCCAACCUUGGGAGCCCGGUGUGUUGACGCGGACACCGUGGUCCGGGCUUGCUGCACUCCUUGGAGCCGUUGUAUGCGCAUGCCUUACUGUUGCGGUUCUGGCAGUCUCGGAUGGUCAGCCAGUUGUCGAUUGGUCCAUCCGGCCUCCUGUCUACCUGGCUAUACUUUCCGCCCUAACAAACGCACUUCUCCGAUUUGCAUUCAGCAAGGGAGUAACAAUUGCUUGGUGGACGGAGUCACUCCACGGUGGCACUGUUGAGAGUCUACAUCGAAACUGGGGCUACGGAGAUAGCAUCUGGGCUGUUAUCUCGCCGACGCGGCACUUUCACUCCCUACGAGUGGCCGCCUUCAUUGUAGCCUUUGUAGCUAUUGAUGGCCCUCUUCUUCAACGUGCUUCUUCGGUUAGCACGGCACAGCAUCAUUCUACCGUAUCCUUGACACUCCCAAUCCGACCUGGGCCUGUAUUCAAUACUACUUUGGUCCUCGGCCGUCUGGGCCCCGAGGAUGUAAUUCGGAGCCGGAACGACUACACUGCGGAGUUUUCCGACAUAGCCCAAGCUUACACCAACAGAAAGGAGCUCAUCCUACAUCCGAACCGUUGUCGAGGGACAUGCGAGACGACAGUAGCCGCAGCCGGCUUCAGCGCUGCCUGUACGGCAAAUCGUACAGCAAUAGCUGACGUACCAGGCUCGGGUGCCAUUGACGAUGAGUUUGGCAUAUACACAAUACAGAGAGAAGUGUUUUUCGCGGUAAGCGUCGAAAAUGCCCCCGACUAUACCAUUGCCGUUCGGGCCUUCUUUCGAGAUAAAACGAAUGAAAAGACAGUGGCAAUGCACUACUGCAAGUUUUUCCCUGCCAUUGUCUACUACGAUAUACGCGUGACGAACGGAACUAUAUCACUUCUUUCUUCGCCUACCUCCAAACGAAUCCUCGAGCUAGUCCACCUAACGGGCACCAGCUUCGGCCUACUGCUGAAUGGUGGUUUCGCGCUCGCCCUAGAAGACCAGUACAACGGCUCCGCCGUUGUUACCGACCGGAGUGGGGUCGCGAUUUUACGGACAAUCUUUAUGUAUGGCCCAGUUGCCAGGCGAUAUAUGUCAAAAUUCUCUAGUGGAAGCGAAGUUGACACUUACUCCUUCGCAGAUCCUAUGCCAGAUAUCUUCGCUACCCUGGAUGAGCUGUCUCUGAGGUACGCUAUGACGGACAUUCCCAUGAUGGAUCCGGAUAGCUGGGGCGCCGUUCAAAUUCUUGAAGAAGGGAACGUGAACAGGUGGCUAGAAGCUCAUCCAGGCGAAACACCCGCUACACUACUCAGGCCUAAUCAAACCGUGCAAGCGAGGCAGACCGAACUGGUUCCGGUCUACACUUCAAACUACCCUUACCUCGCCGCGGCGCUCGCAGUCAUGCUCCUAACAACAACGAGCAUUAUCCCCACCUUCUAUGGCUGGUGGCAUCUCGGCCGCCCGAUGACGCUGUCACCGAUCGAGAUUGCAAAAGCAUUCGACGCCAAACUGCUCAAAGACGCUGGCAGCAACGCCACCGCGGAGGAGAUCGUUACGUUGCUCGGUAGCCGCAGAGUACAAUAUGGCGUAUCCAAGGGCCAAGAGCUCGUUGAUAUGCCACCGAAGGUCGGCAUCACGAUGCCGAACAUCAAACCUGUGGUGAAUGAGGGAGCUGAAGAGUAUGAUGGGAUGGUCUCCUUGAGCGAAACGGAAGACAAUGCUUUCAUUGAGGGAGAUCGCACUUCGAUCGAGGGAGAUAGCACUUCAGUCGAGAGGGAUAGCGCACAGGUGAAGCAUUGGAGCGUCUGUCGCAACAAUGCUAGUUUGGAGUGUGUUGAAAUGCAAGGCGGAGCCGUGUCUCAGCUUAUGAUGAUGGAUGCCGCUGAUGUUACGGAGCCGAGGAAGGGCGAGAUGUACGGAUAG